CUUUUGGCAGGCCAUUUGCGGCAGUUCCAAAGAAGUCGAAGGAAGAGCCCAGCCAUGUCCCGAUCAAAGUUGCUCGAAGCCUUCAAGUUCGCGGUCUACGUCACGAUGCCCAUUGGCGUCACCUACGUCUACAUGCAGCCCGAGAUUGUCACGGCGGCCGUCCAAAAGAUGGACUACAUCAACUACCCCGCGCAGCAGUACACGCGCGAAGAGAUCAUGGACAAGAUGAAGCAGGGCUCGGACGAGCGCAAGCGUCGCCAGUAAGGCAAAACACGUUCUGUACAUGCAGGAAACAUUCUGGUACAUGCAAAUGACAUCGCCAAGUCGCAUGGA